UCACAAAUACUCUAACACACACAGCUUUGAAUCAAUCUGUCUUCUCUCUCUCUCUCUCUCUCUCUCUCUCGCUACAAUAAUGAGAAUGUGAAGAAGAGAAGAUAUCUUGGCACCUCAGCAAAGAUCCAAACUCACCCGAUUCUACACGCCUUUUCGUCUUCUUCUUCUCCGAUAAGCGGUGGGUGGACUCUAGUGUUGUUUUUACGUUAGAAGACUUUUCUAGCUCCUCUUCUUCUUCUUCUUCUAUCAGAUCUGGUGCCACUGUCUAUCGCAGGAUUUACAUUUACAAAGAGGAAGGAGGAGUGAAACGGUGAAGAGAGAGAGAGAGAGAGAGAGAUGGGGAAAAAAGCAAAGUGGUUUUCUAGCGUUAAGAAAGCCUUCAGCCCUGAUUCUAAGAAGUCAAAACGCAAAUCUCUUGAGAGUCCAAAUGGUGUGAUCUCUUCUAACCCUACUCCCCUGACAGCGGACCACGCCAGGCAAUCUUCUCCUCCUGCUCCUCCUCUUGAGGUGAGAGUAGCUGAAGUGAUUGUCGAACGGAGCAUCAAUCUCUCCCCUCCUUCGACUGAUGCUGUGAAUGGGACGACGAGGACUGAUGUCGUCCCUGUAGCCCCAUCUUCAUCUGCUCCUCCUCCUCCUGAGGUGGUGGUGGUUCGUCCUCGUGCUCGGUUUGCUGGAAAGUCUAACGAAGAAGCCGCUGCUAUCUUGAUUCAGACUGUUUUUAGAGGCUAUUUGGCAAGGAGAGCACUGCGGGCAAUGAGGGGUUUGGUCAGGCUUAGGUUAUUGAUGGAAGGAUCUGUUGUGAAACGCCAAGCCGCAAAUACUUUGAAAUGUAUGCAGACUCUCUCUCGUGUGCAGUCACAAAUCCGAGCUAGGAGAAUCAGAAUGUCUGAAGAGAAUCAGGCUCGCCAGAAACAACUCCUUCAGAAGCAUGCCAAAGAGCUUGCCGGCUUGAAGAGUGGGGAUAACUGGGAUGAUAGCAUUCAAUCGAAGGAAAAAGUUGAAGCUAAAUUACUGAGCAAGUACGAGGCAACGAUGAGAAGAGAAAGGGCGUUGGCUUAUGCAUACACUCAUCAGCAAAACUGGAAGAACAAUUCUAAGUCUGGAAACCCGAUGUUCAUGGAUCCGAGCAAUCCGACAUGGGGUUGGAGCUGGUUAGAGAGAUGGAUGGCUGGUCGACCACUGGACAACAGUUCCGAUAAAGAACAAAACAACGACAAUGCUGCCCCAGUCAAGAGCUCUAUUAACCGUAACAACUCAACUCAACCAAACACACCAUCAUCCGCAAGAGGCGGCACUACUCCAAGAAACAAAAACAGUUUCUUCUCUCCUCCAACUCCCUCAAGGCUAAACCAAUCCUCCAGAAAAUCCACCGACGACGACGCCAAGAGCACAAUCUCGGUCCUAUCCGAGAGGAACCGUAGACACAGCAUCGCUGGUUCAUCAGUCAGAGAUGACGAGAGCGUAGCGGGCUCACAGACUCUCCCUAGCUAUAUGGUUCCAACUAAAUCAGCUAGAGCCAGGGUCAACAACAAGCCUCAGAGCCCAUCAAGUGGUAGUGGUACCACACAGGAGAACGAUGGCUUUACGGCUAAGAAACGCCUCUCGUAUCCUGCUUCGCCUGCGUUGCCUAAACCACGGCGGUUCUCAGCUCCGCCUAAGGUGGAGAGUGGCGGCGUCGUCACCGCGACCAACGGAUGAGGAAGCUGAGGUAUUUCUAUUUAUUACUGUCUUUUUAAAAAAAGAGAUAUUUAUGAUUCCACUUAUAUGUAUCUGUCGGAAAUGGUUGUAUUGUAUGUUUGUUAUACGUUCACUUUCAGUUUGGUAAUUCAUUUGUGCAGAGUGUAAACGCGUGUCAUUUAUUUUCUUUUACUUAUAAUAAACUUCAUUAUUCGACGAUAA